AUGACUUUUUAUUUUAAAAUAUAUUUAACAGAAAGUUCAACUAUUCUGGAACGUCCAUUUGCCCAUCCAUUGUUAGCCGAUAAAUUAAUUAUUGGACAGUUUUUAUUAGAUAAUUCUUCACAAAAUAAUGAGGAAUUAUUUUUUAAAGGAACUAUACAAGAUUUCCGUGUUAAUCAAAAAAUUGUACAGUUAGGGGAGAAUUUGGAAAUUGCAGAUGGGGAAGAAUUUUUUGGCAAAAGAAUUUCUCAACAGAAUUUGCUUAAUGGAACAGUUUCUGAUGAUAUUUGUUUAAUGAACGUUAAUAAUUUAAAUAAUGGCGGAAUAGAUUUAACUUGCGGAGUUCAUGGUAGUUGUCGAAAUACUUUUAACGAUUUUGAAUGUGAUUGUGAGCCUGGAUGGAUGGGAAUAUUCUGUGAGAUACAAGAUUUUUGUUUUAACGCUUCUUUAAUUUGCCCGAAUGGUUCUAAAUGCGAAAAUAUUGUUGGAGGGGGCGGUUUUGUUUGUACAUCAACUGCUACGUACAGUUAUAAUUAUCUAAUUUAG